AUGGUGCCAUUAGCAUAUUAUGAUCAACACUUCGUGUCAUUAGAACACUCUUACCAACUGGCCACAACCAAUUCAUUAACACAUCAAUACACAAGUGAAAAACUAAAUCAACCUAAUACCCAGCCUGUGGCCAGAGCACAGGCCCAUAGUAAUCAACUUGCAGCACCUCCAGUGAACUCUAAGCAGAUGGUGCAGAGCUGCUCAAUAUUGCCCUCAGCCAAGUCGCAGGACACAAUUUCACAGGGCUUUUAUAACAGGGCUCUGAAAGCACCAGUAUCACAAUCCAAACAUCAGGCCACACCUUCACUAGACCUCCAUCAGAGAACUUCAUUGUGGCCUAAUCAGAGAGCCCUGAGCUCACCUGUGAUACACCAUAAACUUCAGACAACAUCUUCGCUUGACCUGAACAAGGCAUCUUCAUCAAUGGAGUCCAGUCAGAUGAACUUGAAGUCACCAUUACCUCUCCCUAAACCUCAGACUACACCUUCACCAAACUUUUGUUGGACAUCACCUUCACAGAAGUCUAACCCAAAAGUCUCAGGUUCAUCAUCAUUCCCCCCCAAAUAUCAAGAAACAUGUUCCCUAGACAUUCUCUGGACUUCAUCCUCUUUGGGAUCUAAUCGAAGAAUACUUAGCUCAACAUUAUCACAAUCCAAGUCUCAGAAAGCAUCUUCAUUGGAUUGCCUUUGGACAUCUUUAUUAGAGUGCAAUCAAAGGUCUUUGAGCUCACCAUCACUCAACUCUACAUCUCAAAUAAAUGACUUGCUUCAGUCAUCACGUUCAUUGGAAUCCAAUCAAAUGGAUCUGAACUCACUGUUAUCUGACUCAAGAACUCAGACAGCACCUGCAUUGAAUUCUAGUUCCUGUGUUCUGAGUUUGCCAUUGUCCCACUCAAAACCAAGGAAGUCGCCUGUAGCACAUUCAGUCCACCAGACUCAGAGUUUGCCCUUGUUCUCAUCCAAAUCUCAGACAGUGCUUACACUUAACCAUGACUUCAGGACCAUGAGCUCACCGGUUUGUCCCUCCAAGUUUCAGAACACCUCCUCACCAAAUGACAAACAGAGAACCAUAGAUGUAUCUCCACCCCAUUCUAAACCAAAUAUCUCAAGUCAGACCUUCUCAAGCUCCAAACACUUUAUCAGAAAUACAGCUGCUUCAAAACUGGGCUCCAGAUUCCAGAGUAAAAACAACUUUGAUCUUUGUGCAAAGACAGAAUCAAAUAAAGAAAUUCCAUGGAGUUUAGAUUAUAUUUAUCCCUGCAUUGUGAAAGGUGGCACCAUCCCUGAUGAUAUGGUAAAUAAAAUUGUCAAUUCUCUCUCCAAGACCAGAAUCCAGAGGGACCUCUGUAGGCAGAUUCUCUUUCGAAGGAUGAGGGGAAGGCCAAAUCCUCAUCCUGGUCCCCGCCUUUCAUCAAAUUAUAUGGUUUGUUUAGCUUGUGCUUCCUGCAUAAAAUCUCAGUGUAGCCACCUUACAGGAAGGAAGGACCCUCGCAGUGCAACACUGUUUGUCAUACCAACGCCUGAACUUGGUUCUGAGGGAGAAGUGGAAGUGAAGUUAGUUUUUCUCCUUUCCCUGCCAGAGACUUCUCUCUCACCUUGUCUCCCAUCCCCUGUGAAAGAAAAUCAGCCUGUUGCAGCCCCUGAAGACAACGUUGAAGGGACGGAGGAGAUGCAGGUUUCCCCUCCAUCUGAAUCUGACAUCACGCAGGAGCUAAAUAUGGAGAACAAAUGGCUAACAGCAGCCCCUGAAAACAAAGCUGUAAUCCAACAACCCCAGGCUAUCGACUGGCUGCUUUAUGUCAAGAAAAGUAGUAAUAUUCAGCCACAGUCCUUGCCUCCAUCCUCUUCCUCCUCCACAUCCUCCUCCUCUUCCUCCUCUUCAUCAUCUUCUUCCUCCUCUUCCUCUUCCACUGCACCCUCCUUACCCCCUCCCUCCAAAGAGUCCACCACAUCUUCUCUCUCAGGUUGUGUGUUCACUAAGGUGCUUAGUUACCACCGGUUGCCUCCAGGGGUCUCCUGGCUUGAGUUUAUAUGUAGUAAAAGUCACCAGCCACUUCCUGGGAAUCCACAACCAAGUCAAUCACGACCUCCCAAAAUGAGGCCUAUGAGGAAUAGCACCACAGUAAAAGGGCCAAAGGGGCCAAAGAUGCUGUUCAAAUUUUUCCAGACAAAGUUUCAAAAUGAGAGAAAUAUUGAUUGA